CAUUAGUGAGGUCUCUAAGAAUAGUAGCAAAUCUGAAGGCCCCCAAUGGAAAGCAGACAGCUCUUUUAAACCAGAGAGUGCAAAAGGAGAUGGCUCGAACACAUCAAAUUCACAAAUCUCAAAGAUCCUAGUAGACUCCUCUAAAAAUCCUCCUCUCUCUCACCUCUCUAACAAGUCAGGGUUACAAUUUAAUACCCCUUCUAAGCAUAUCAAAGAGAUGGCUCAGACAUAUUCUUUCAGUAACCUGUGCAGUAAAAACUCAAGUCCCAUAAAUUUCCGAAUAAGAGAAAUCAAACUAGAGAAGAAGCCUAAAGGAUCUCGACACAGGUCAGAAGAUAAGAAACUAAAAGGAGCAAAAGCUUCCAAGCGCCUCCUUAAGAGCAUAAAUCAGCAAUAUCAGCAUAAAAUAAUGUCCAAACUGAAUCAGCUUAAAGGAGAUAUUGCCAACCCAUAUGAGUCAAGAAGGUUAAUAGGACAAAAACAUCUUAAAGACCAAGAGAAUGGGCUUAAAGAAUCAGAUUUCUCUCAAAAAGUUCUUAAUAACCACCACAACUAUAAAACAUCUCAUGAGUCUUCAGUUACCACGAGUUCGAUACCUCCUAAGGUUCCUGUUGCGUUUAAAAUUCGGAAGAAUUCCUUUACAAGAAAAGGGCCAAGUGUGCAGAGAGAUUUAUAGAUCAGCCAUGAGAGUGCAACCAAAUUUCAUACCUUUUAAA